AUAGAAAAAUUCACAACCGAUCAUACCAUGUUGCAAACAUUGAUGAAAUCAUGGUAGACGAAGCCACGAAACGAACUCUUGCCCAAAUUCCCUUGUUAAAGACAAAAGCUGGACCAAGGGAUGGGGAAUUGUGGGUGACAAGAUUAAAAGAAGAAUACCAGAGUCUGAUUAAGUAUGUGCAGAAUAACAAAGAGUCAGACAAUGAUUGGUUCCGCUUAGAGUCCAAUAAAGAGGGCACUCGUUGGUUUGGCAAGUGUUGGUAUAUCCAUGAACUCCUGAAGUAUGAGUUUGAUGUAGAGUUUGAUAUUCCUAUUACUUAUCCAGGGACAGCUAUUGAAAUAGCUCUUCCAGAACUGGAUGGCAAAACAGCAAAAAUGUACAGAGGAGGGAAGAUAUGCCUUACUGACCAUUUUAAACCCCUGUGGGCAAGGAAUGUGCCCAAAUUUGGUAUUGCACAUGCGAUGGCUCUAGGGUUGGGUCCAUGGUUGGCGGUGGAAAUUCCAGACUUGAUACAGAAGGGGAUUGUGACAUACAAGGAAAAAAUUUCUGAAGCAGACUCAUGAUUAUUCUCUAUUCCAUUUAAACAAAUUGGUAUAGAUCACGUACAUUGGAUAAUUUUUGGAUGAGUGACUUGUGCAAUAACAUUAAAGCCUGAGUAAGAGGAGAGGGAAAUGGUGUGACAAGCAUGCACCUUGUCAGUAAAUUUAUUGAGAAAAGAACUUAAUUUUGAUUUAUAAUGCAUGAAUGUAUAGUUUGAUAAUUCCGCACAGGCAGGAACUAAAACAAAGUGAUAUUCUGUCUUAGGUAAAAGUGACAAGUAAUUUAAUUUCAAAAGUUUUUGAAAGAGAUCUUUAUCCCUCCUGUAACGAAGUUGAAGUUAAGGACAGCAUUUAAGUCUCUCCUCACCAUACCAGGAGUUGAAUUCCACAUCUUGGGAUGUUUUUCUAACUCCUGACCCAGAUGCUGAUUAUGACCUACAUUAUUGUUUACUGACAGUACUCUGGUUCAGCAUAUGACCUACAUUAUUGUUUACUGACAGGACUCUGGUUCAGCAUAUGACCUACAUUAUUAUUUACUGACAGGACUGGUUCAGCAUAUGACCUACAUUAUUGUUUACUAACAGGACUCUGGUUCAGCACAUGACCUACAUUGUUUACUGACAUGACUCUGGUUCAGCAUAUGACCUACAUUAUUGUUUACUGACAGGACUCUGGUUCAGCAUAUGACCUACAUUGUUUACUGAUAUGAGUCUGGUUCAGGGCAGUGUUUAUGAAUACAAACUUGCUCAUAUGCCACAUCUUGGGAAUUUUAUUUCAACACAAUUUAUGGAUGUUGCAUCUGACCUACAUGUUAUGCUUCAUUGACUCUGUUUAAGGAUAGCAUUAUUGUCUUUUCCCAGAUUUUAUCACAAAUUUAAUACAAAAAAGGUGUCUUGAUUAGAAGGCCUGUCAUGAUGCUCAGUCAAAGUGGUAUAGAAUACUUCAAGGACAUAUAAAGAAUUGAGAUAAUGAAAUGUUGGUUUGAGCAAUAAUUUUACAAUAUACAGAUCAUAUAUUUAGUAAUAAGGCUAGAUCAAAGAUUAUAAAGAAUGUAGAGUUUGAAUUGACAGUUUUUCAAUUAUACCCAGUUUUGUAAUAGUCCCAUCGGGACAGCUUCAUUUGUUUUAAUUAUUUUUCGACUGGGCAUUAGAUAUGCACACACACACACAUAAUUUAUUUUACAACCCAUACUAAGAAAUAAAAUGCUAAUUUAAAAUCAGUCAUGGUUGUGCUGUGAAGUCUGUGAUGUUAGUAGAAUAUGGUUUUCAGUAUAUGAUGGGUGUUAUAUACUUACUAGUAUAAUACACAUAUACAAAUUCUUGUAAAAAUCUGCAUUUUGGCAUUAAAUGGACAUGUAUACAUUUGGUGUCAAAAGAGAUGUCACUGCAGUGUGACUUCAAGGAACACUGGGAAUACAUAAUUACACGACUGGUACAGACAGAGCAAUGGUUACAUAAGUAAAUCUCACACAAAGAACAUACAUGUAAGUAUCAAAGUCCUACCCUAGAUAAAGUGUGGUAUAAGGACUCGGAGGCAGGCAGGUCGGUUACAAAUGUAAUCAGAAGGAAAAAAUGCAUUGGACCAGAUGCUCUACCACUGGUGGGCAAUGGAACCUGUCUGACCGCUACACAAACAAAUUAGCCUCCAAGAGUAGCUGUAUGCCUCACAGAAUGAGAUGACACAAAGAUUUGAUCAUUGGCAGUUAAUAAGCUAGAUAUCGUCACUGCUGUUGUGAUAUCAAUCCUAUUGUAAUAUUUAUGGUCAAUAAAAUGUUGAAAGUGGGAAA